UCAUUUCUGUACCAAAUUUUAGUUUGUACGGACUUCGCUAGUUCUUUUUAUGUAGCCUGUUGUAAAACCAGACAAAUACUUGGAUAAGUUGAUGUACCCCCCUGGAAGACCUCUGAGUACCCCCAGGGUUGAGAACCACUGACCUAAAUGACAGCUCGCUUCACACAGCGGCGGUGCCCUCGCAAUCUUACACGGGCAACCGCUGAGAUGCAGAAAUUUGUGCCACCAGACGAAGCCACAAUCUAGGGGCAGGCAGCCCACCUCUGCUGCACAUCCCAGGUUUUCAGGGCUAAUUUUCUCGAAGAGAUCGUGCAAGCAGGGCUCCCUUGGCAGCGCUCGCUGUCCCUGUUCUGGUGUCAUGACUCGCGGCCCCAGAGUCAGGCCAGCAGUGACCCCGUGACGUGCAGCGUUUUGUCCCGGGCGAGCAAUGGGGAGAGGCAGGCGCAGCACAGGAGCGGGGAGUCCCUGCAGGGUUACCUGUACUGCCUGGCUGUCAGCGCGUCGGGGGGCUGCACGGGAAACCCGGCCAAAUGGCGGGAGAGGUUUAGAAGAUUCCAACCCUAGCUCUGGCCAGAGCAUUUCACGUGCAAUCACAUUGUGACAUGCGAGUGACAACCUGGUAGCAAUGUAUCACAGACAGCCACAAGGUGACUUUUAACUCACAACUUCAUCACAGCAAUCGUGUUGUAAUGUUUAACCUACAACCAUGUCACAACAGUGAGUGAAAACCAUGUUGAAACAUCUGCUUUUAAGCCUGCUGUGUGAUGUUUAAAUGAAAAUAAUGUUGUGACAUCCUGAUUUUUAUCACAAAUCUUGCUAUAUUUCAGUUUUUCCUUAAACUUCCAAAUUCCAGAGUCAAGUGGUUGCAUAAGAAUUGUGGCCUUCACUUAAAAAUGGAAGUUUCUAGCCCUCAUGGUUGGUCUGAAAGCAUUGAAAAUUUGAACCUUAAAGUCUCAAAAACCAGAAGACAAAUAUAAAGAACCAAAAUGUAUUAUUUUGCAAAAUGUCUUUAUUUUUCAGCUAAGUUCCUGAUUUUUAGGGGCCUGACUCAAGAUUUUUUGAAUGUUUAGGCUUGGUAAUGCAGGAUAUUUUGAAUCAAAACAUGCCACAGAUGGACCAUAAAUGUUUAUAAUAACUGUGUAUUCCCCAUAAGGUGUCUAUCUUCUAAGUAAAAAGCAAUGUCUGUGCCUCCUGUACAAUGCAGUGCAUAUAUCGUCUAUAAUACCGUGCAUGGCCUUAUGUAUGUCUUCUGUACAGAGCGAUGUAUCUCUCUCUGUCCCUCUAACAGUGUCUCUACACAUUUUUAUUAGCAGAUGCAAAGCUUUGGGCUAUGACUUCACCGGGUCAGUCACCAGCAUUUAUUUUCUAUUUAUUGAUCGUUAUUAUUAUGAUAAUCCGUCGUGCACACACCACAGACAGCAGUAGACUCCCCCAUUCCCUCCUGCAGCUCGGGCUCUUUUGUGCCCGGAACUCUCCUCGCGGGCUGGGUUGCAGCGGGGAGGACCCUGCUCUGGGGCUCCCGGCCGGAAGCCUCCCGGGAGUGGGGACGUGUCUCUGCGCUGCCGGGCUGAGCGUGUGGCCGUCGCGAGCCGCUGCCAUGGACUCGGCCAGUCUGGUGGAGGAGCUGCAGCUCCGCGUGCGGGAGCUGGAGGAGGCGCUGGCCAGGGAGCGGGGCGGCGGGCAGGGCCAGCGGGUUCGCAUCGAGAGGAUGAGCCCGGAGGUGACCGACUCCAACCCCUACAGCCGCCUGAUGGCAUUAAAACGAAUGGGAAUUGUGAAAGAUUAUGAGAAAAUCCGUACCUUUACGGUAGCAGUAGUAGGUGUUGGUGGAGUUGGCAGUGUGACUGCUGAAAUGUUGACAAGAUGUGGCAUUGGUAAGCUGCUACUGUUUGAUUAUGACAAGGUGGAGCUGGCGAACAUGAACAGGCUCUUCUUCCAACCUCAUCAAGCUGGACAAAGUAAAGUGCAGGCAGCGGAGCAUACUUUGAGGAAUAUUAAUCCUGAUGUUCAGUUUGAAGUACAUAACUACAAUAUCACAACAGUGGAUAACUUCCAACAUUUCAUGGACAGAAUAAGUUAUGGUGGGUUAGAAGAAGGGAAACCUGUUGAUCUUGUACUGAGCUGCGUGGACAACUUUGAAGCUCGUAUGGCAAUUAACACUGCCUGCAAUGAGCUUGGACAAACAUGGAUGGAAUCUGGAGUGAGUGAAAAUGCAGUCUCAGGACAUAUACAACUUAUCAUACCUGGUGAAUCUGCUUGUUUUGCGUGUGCUCCCCCACUUGUAGUUGCUGCCAAUAUUGAUGAAAAAACAUUAAAGCGAGAAGGAGUUUGUGCUGCCAGCCUUCCUACCACUAUGGGAGUAGUUGCAGGGAUUCUUGUACAAAAUGUUCUGAAGUUUUUAUUAAAUUUUGGUACUGUGAGUUACUAUCUUGGUUAUAAUGCGAUGCAGGAUUUCUUUCCAACUAUGGCCAUGAAGCCAAACCCACACUGCAAUGACAAAAAUUGCAGGAAACAGCAAGAAGAAUACAAGUCUCUUCAGGAAAAAAAGGCUGCACAACCAAAACAAGUAGUAGUUGAACAGGAAGAAGAAAUAGUUCAUGAAGACAAUGACUGGGGUAUUGAGCUGGUAUCGGAGGUUUCAGAAGAGGAACUGAAGGCUGCUUCUGGUCCACUUCCUGAUCUUCCAAAGGGAAUUACAGUAGCAUAUACCAUACCAAACAAGGAAGAGAAUGUUGUAGCUGGGGAAACAACAGUGGCAGAGUCUGAGGAAAGCCUAGAAGAACUCAUGGCCAAGAUGAAGAACAUGUAGGCAAAUGGAAUAUUGAAUUUAACAUUUGGGAUCUUGCACUAGAGCUGAAUCAAGAAAUAUCACAAGAAAUAAGGUCCUGUAAGAAAUUCCUUUCUUAAAACUUGAACUUUUGGUAAAACGGAACUAUAAAAAAUUGGAGAUGGCAUCUCAUAACUGUAUUCUGCUGUUGUCUACAUACUGCUUUAAAAUACAAAGUUGUACUACUGUAAGUUUUCAUUUCUCAUCAUGCUAGGGUCCAAAAUCUCUAGGGGAAAAUUAAAGAUAAUAGACAAACUGACACACAAAAAAGGUAAGCAUCGCACAUGAUGUGGAAUGAUAUUUCCAUAUGUUGGCAAUAUGGGGGAAAUUAAAGGUGGAGUAACCUUAUCUGGAUAGAGUGGUUCAGAGGAUUGAUAAUGGAGUCUUUAACAUGUACAUUACUGCUUCAAAUGUAAACCAGAUUUGUGGUAGUUGUAAGCAUCCAGCUGGCUACUGUUCAAUGGGCUAUGUUGUCUAAGUUUGUAGUGUGGCUGUACCUGUUUUGUGAGUAAAUGGAAGGCUUCAAUCUUUUCAUAGGCCAUAAAUUUCACUAGAAAAAUUUUAAAGGGUUGAGUGAUUUGUCAGGUUGUGUCACAUCCCUAUUCUUUCAUAAACAAGUAUUUAUGUAUGUAUUGCUUUGUGUUUGAUAGUGGUGUGAGUAUGCAGUUGUAAGGCACAAGUGUUUUGAUAUGAAUUCUUUGUUACUGGGUCAAGGACUGGGUUGACCAAAACAGCUCCUAGCAUGUCAUCACUGCAGCUGAUGAGCAUUUUUACUAUGUAAACACAUGGCUAUGACUUAUCACUGAAAAAAAUUAACUGCACAGGAAACUUCAUUCUUUGUUUACUUUUAGGUGUUUUUGAGAAGACUAGUUUUUAAAAUCUAGUUAUAAUACUAAAGUCCAUUUAGAAUUAUUUGGCUAGCAUUUAGCUCAGGUUCUCAAACUGGGGAUUGGGACCCCUCAGGGGGUCACAAGGUUAUUACAUGGUGGGGUUGCAAGCUGUCAGCCUCCACCCUAAACCCCGCUUUGCCUCCAGCAUUUAUAAUGGUGUUAAAUAUAUUUUAACAUUUGUUUUCAAUUUGUAAGGGGAGGGGUCGCACUCAGAGGCUUGCUGUGUGAAAGGCGGGAGGGGGGUCACCAGUACAAAAGUUUGAGAACGCCUGAUUUAGCUACUACUUUACAUGGCUGACAGCUUUACACAAAAGCAACUAUUUACAAUUUUAUCCUAUGUACAGUUUUACAAAAAUAGUAAUUAAUACAUAUAUAAAAUUAUUAGAGAGAUGAUGUUAGUGUAUGCAAAAUAGUUCUUGACUGACUAUAGUUAGCAAAGCAACUUUUACACUUGCCCAUUCCAAAUUGUAAAGUGAGGUGGUGGAGUCUAGACCUAACUUUGCAGAUGAUUGUGUUUAAAACUAAUUUAAAAAAAGAAGAGCCCUGUGGCUGAUGAUGAUUUUCACCUUUGCAAUUAAAGCAUAUUGGAAUUUAGAAGUCUAAAAAGAACCAUGGUAUUUCUCUGACUGAGAAAUCUAGUGGAAAUGUCUGAUUUUUUUUGUAACUCAGUGAACAAAUACACUUCAAUGCUGUAUAUUUUUGCUAACUUUGUUCAUUUAUGUGGUAAGCUACAAUAUACUAUCAACUUAAAUUUUUAACAGUGAAUCUUAAUAAUGAGACUUUGCUAUGGGUCUGUACCAUUAAAUCUCUGCUGAUACACUGGAAGACACUAUCAGUUUUGAUGUGGAGUUCUACUGUGUUCAUUAAGUUACAUAGAAUUUGGCUUAUACCAAAUAUACUAACACUUCAGUUUCAUGUACGAACAGGACUUGGUAGGAUAUGUUUUCUACAGAAGGAGAAUCAAGAGAGCUGUUACACCUGUUUCGGACACCAUUACAAAGAAGUCAAACAUCCAUCUGUUUGAAAUUUAGAAGAUUACAAUUUUUGUCUAGAUAAAAACAGCUUUUCCUAUGCUGCAAGAACCUCAUAUCGUUUGUGUAGUCAGAAGUUUCUUCUUCAACUAAGUUUUAGUGCUCAAUGUCAGUUUUGAUUUUGUACAUUUUUAAUUGCAGCAGUAUAAAACUAAUCGUUCCCAAGUUACAUACUUAUUUAAAUAUUACUUUUUCUAUUCAGAAAAAAUGCUGAAGGAAGGGGAGGGUGUGGAAUUGACUUAAUUGCUCACUGUAAAAGGGGGGAAAAAGGGAAGAUAAAUAGUAUCCCUUUGAGAUAAACAGCCUUGGCACUUUAACACUAGCUGAAUAAACGGAUUAGUUCACAAAUGAAGUUUCCUCACAGAUCUGACACUGAACUCUAAAGUAUGAAAAGGAGCAUUAUUUUUAAAUUAGUGAAUUUAUUCUAUUGAUCAUUGUAACUAACUGGGAGAAAUACUCCAUUGUAAGUUUAAUACAAAUCAGUUUACUGCAAUUCA